AUGAAGGAUAAUGGAUAUCCGAUGCCUCCCUGGGAACUUCUAUCUCCCGCAACUGCUCCUCCAAUCCUGACAUUCGACGAACCUACACUAGAGAGAAUAUCUCUCGCAUCCGCCAACGAGCCUCAAAACGACACUUACCCUUCUCCAGCAAUGACACAGCCUAUUGGCCAGAUGUGCUCUCCAGAGGGCCGGUGGAACUGCAUGACAACUUCAUUUCAGCGGUGCGCCAGUGGCAGCUGGAGCAUUGCUUUCCCGUGUGCAGCGGGAACAAUUUGCCAACCUUUUGGCUUGACGGACUACAUCACCAUCGAGUAUGCGCCGACUGCGAAUAACGGCCAUGCGGGUGAUGGGAGGACUGGCGACGGCCAUAAUGAUGAUAGGAGUGGGAGAAGGAGUUUUGGGCUUCGAAACACGCCUAAUCUGGUUUUGCUGUUCACGGCGUUGGCAGCGGGAGUUUCUUGGGGUAUCCUUGGGUAA